AUGAUGUGCUUCUCCAAUAUCCACAACGAAGCUACAGAAACAAAGCAGCCACAAGGUAGCGUCCACAUCUCACAAGAAAAUCUCAAAGUUGAGCUGAAGAGAUAUUCUUCUUACUUAAGACGCGAUUUCCUUGCGGUUAUAGUCAAACUUUCUCGCAAAAUGUUCGGACUUCACUUAAGAAGAGAAGACUGGCGUACAAGAACAGGAAUGCUCGAUUUCAUCUCUAAAAAUUGGGAAUUUCUCUCUGGGGUUAUCAGCAGCCCAACAAACACAAUGGGCUGGUAUGCUGCCAACUUCGAAUUUAUUGAGAAAAUUCUCAGCUGCAGAAAGUUUGCAAUUUUUCUCAACUCUGUUUGGGGCGAAUACAACGAAUUCCUUUGCAAUCACGACACAAUUCGUUUCAUGCACUCAAAUAUGCAAGAAAUCACUUCAAAGCUUACAAGCAAAGCAGAAAACGACAAUUUCACAUUUAAUAACUGUGAAGUUGGUCGAAAGAUUGCUGAAUUGAUCAACAAGUACAAGGCAAGUCUUGCGUGCAAGCGCCCUGAUACUCCCAUUGAUUAUUCACCAAUAAUUCCUCAAUCUCAACAGCAAAUCCUUCUUCCUCCUCCUUUGGAAGAAAGUCAUCCAAUUGAUCAGGAAGCUACUGUUGUUGACAGUACAAAUUCUGCCAAUUUUACGACGUCCGUUAACAGUUUUGAAGAAUUUGAAGACUGUUCAUUCGAGACGUUCGAAUACUGCGAAGAAUUGAUCUUCUAG